CCGCAUCCGAUCAAAUCUGAGGCGCUGGCUCAGCCCAGACGUGCCUGCUGCAAUUUCUUCACCGGUCGGUCUGAGUCGGCGUAUCGAUCCGGGGCCAAGAUAAAAGCCGCUUCUGGCCUGCGACAGCUCGCACGCUGCCCGAUCGAUGGUCGAUUGAGGCCAGACCGUGGCCUGACCGCCGGUCAAAUACUCGCGUUCCCGGCGCCAUUUUUUGUGUUUAUUUCUGCUCCAGCCACUUUGUCCUCUGGGUCGGUUUAUGGAGGUGCGGCGCAAGAACCUUCGUGGAACUGGAGCCGUUUGAAUACGCGGCUAGGCGCCUCUGGAGGCACCCCCACGUUGCCACCCCAUUCUUUCGUGUGCUACACGUCAGCAAUAAAGUCGGGUGAACAGAACAAGCCUGAACACACCCACACAAACACACAUACACCAAAUGCCCGGUUGAUGACUGGAUCUUCGUGUCGUUCCCGUCUCCUUUUGUCUUUGGCACCAUUUUUAACAGUUUGUUUUGUUGGCCAGGUUAUUCUGCCGCCUUUUCGUCCUCUUCACUCACGACAAUCUCGGCCAAGAAACGACCGCCCACGAGGACUACAGACUCUGUCUCCUCUUCAGGCGUUCAGCAACGAUGGCGAUCUUUCUGGCCGGAGCAAUCUUCUCUCCUUUUGGUUUAUCCUUCAGCCCAGGAGUCUUAAUGUCUAUCGUGCUUUUUUGCCUACCCCCAGAGAAUUCCAGUUAUUAUAG